UUUUCACUGCAACUACUACAACGCGUUGAAUUAUUUGCGUUGCUGGGAUGACCUUUGACAAUGGCAGAAUUUUCAUCCCUGUACACUGUUGUGUGGUUCAUGGAGAUGGAGGUUGUAGGUACCCAGCCUUUUUCUUACUACAGAAGUAAUUAGCCUCUGUAACCCUUUUCUCAUCUCCUUCUCAUCGCCAAAGACUUUCUCAUUAUACACCAUCAUAUAGAUAAAAGCUUUCCAUUUUUUUAAUUUGAGUUUUUGAGCCGUGUAUGUACAACAGCCAUGGCUUCUUCUUCUAAGUAUGAUGUAUUUCUGAGUUUCAGAGGUGUUGAUACUCGUGAUAGUAUCACCAGCCAUCUUCAUAGUGCUUUGGUAAGGAGAAAAUUGGAGACCUACAUAGACUGCAGAAUUGAGAAAGGAGAUGAAAUCUCACCUGUCCUUCUCAAAGCAAUCGAGGACUCAAAGCUCUCCAUAAUCAUUUUCUCUGAAAACUAUGCUGCUUCACCAUGGUGUUUGGAUGAAUUGGUGCAUAUAAUGGAUUGCAAGAGAAGAAUUGCACAAUUUGUGAUACCCAUUUUCUACAAAAUUGAUCCAUCAAGUGUACGGCAACAGAAGCAGAGUUAUGCUACUGCUUUUGAUGAACACAAAGUUCGUUUCAUGGGGAAUUCGGAGAAGCUUCAAAAGUGGAAAGAUGCUUUGGCUCAAGCUGCCAAUCUAUCUGGCUUUGAUUCGGCCACUAUCAGGAUUGAAUCUGAAUUGGUUGAGGCUGUAGUGAAAGAUGUUUUGAACAAAUUGAACCGUGAAACUUCUAGUGACUUAAAAGGUUUGGUUGGAAUUGACAGACAGAUUGAGCAAAUUGAAUCACUAUUAUGCAUUGGUUCACAAGAUGUUCGGAUUAUAGGUAUUUGGGGCAUAGGUGGUAUAGGCAAGACUACACUCGCUGAUGUUGUGUUUAACAAACUCUCUUCUCAAUUUGAAGGUUACUUCUUUCUUGCAAAUGUUAGGGAAGAAUCAGAGAAACAUGGAUUAGAUCAUUUACGCAAUAAACUUCUUUGGGGAUUAUUGGAUGAAGAAAAUAUGAAUUAUGGCGCCCCAUCUAUAGGAUAUUUUGAUAGAGAGAGGCUUCGUCGGAAAAGAGUUCUCGCUGUUCUUGAUGAUGUGAAUGAUAUAAGCCAACUAGAAUUUCUAGCAAUAGCGAAUGAUCGGUUUGGCCUUGGAAGUAGAAUCAUUAUUACCACUAGGGAUGUGCAAGUGCUUAGAAAUGUUGGAGCACAAGGAAUGUACAAGGUUGAGGAAUUGAACUUUGAUGAAGCUCUCCAUCUCUUUUGUUUGAAUGCUUUCAAAAAUGUCUCUCCACCAAUAGAGUAUACAACAUUGUCGAGAAGAGUGAUAAACUAUGCUAAGGGCAUUCCAUUAGCUCUUAAAGUUUUGGGUUCGUUCCUUUAUCAGAAGACGGAAGAAGAAUGGGAAAGUGCAUUGCAAAAACUGAAAAAGUUUCCUCAUAAGGCAAUUCAGAUGUCUUGAGAAUAACUUACGAUGGACUAGAAGAUGACACAUUAGAUAUAUUUUUUGAUAAAGCAUGUUUAUACCUAUUGGAGGAGAAAUAUUAUGCAAAAAGAAUAAUAGAAGCAUGUGGUUUCUAUGUGGAAGUGGGAUUAAGAGUUCUUAAUGAUAUGUCACUCAUAAUGAUAAGGGACAACAGUCUGCAGAUGAAUGACUUAAUACAAGAAAUGGGCUGGACAAUUGUUCAAGAACAAUCUGCUAAAGAGCCAGGAAACGAAGUAGGUUAUGGAUUGCAGACGAUGCUUAUCAUGUUUUGAAAUAUAAAACAGUAAGAGGCACAGAACACACAAACUGGUUUUUGAAUAAACAUGUUUUUAUGAGUUGAUUCUUAUUUACGUACUUUUGUCUUGAUUACCAGAGAACUGCAGCAGCUGAAGGCAUAUUUCUAGGCAAGUCUAAAUUUAGAACGUUAGACUUGAGUCAUGGAGCCUUCUCAAAGAUGUACAACCUAAGAUUGCUCAAAUUUUAUGAUUCUGAAUUACAUCUGAUUGCUCAAAUUUUAUGAUUCUGAAUUACAUCUGACUGUUA